UCAUUGCAGUUGUCUUUUCGAUGUCUGAAGAGAUUCAUAGUAUAUGGUGUAGUUUAAUAUUACUCCUCCAUAUAUCAACAUUAUUAGAGAGAGGAAAUAAUUCAUGAAUUUGUAGCUAACUGUCCUCAACGACAGAGAGAGAGAGAGAGAGAGAGAUGAGUAUUCUGGAAGUAGAUCUUUCUCCGUUCUUGAAAAAUGGUGAUGAGGAGGGGAAGAAGAAGGCCAAAGACGUGAUCAAAGAGGCCUGCUCCGACUGCGGCUUCUUCCAGAUCAGAAACCACGGCUUGCCCCUUGACCUCAUCAACCAGGCCAUCCAACUCUCUAGAACCUUCUUUGCCCUCACCGACCAAGAGAAGCUCGAAUACAGCCCCAGAGCCGCUUCCCCUCUCCCGGCCGGUUACAGCAAGCAGCCCGCCCAUUCGCUCGAUAAAAACGAGUACCUCUUAAUGUUCCAGCCUCAGUCUGGCGUCAAUGUCUUGCCUCCUGAUUUCAGGGACGUAGCAGAGGAGCUCUUCCUGCAGCUCAGGGAGAUCGGGCGGCUAAUCGAGCAGAUCGUCAAUGAUUGCUUGGGUCUGCCGCCCGAUUUCCUCAAGGAAUACAAUCUGGACCGGAGCUGGGAUUUCAUGGUGGCACUGCGCUACUUUCCUGCGACGGAGAACGACGACAACAACGGCCUCCUCGAGCACGAAGACGGAAACGUGGUGACACUGGUGAUCCAGGACGAUGUCGGAGGGCUUGAAGUUAAAAAAGACGGGCAGUGGAUCCCGGUUGUUCCUGCUCAAGGCAACAUCGUCGUCAACUUAGGCGACGUCGUUCAGGUGUUGAGCAACAACAAGUUCAAGAGUGGCACGCACAGAGUAGUGAGAUUGGGAGAGGCAUGUAGACACUCUUUUGCAUUUUUCUACACGAUAGAGGGGGAUAAGUGGGUGGCGCCGCUGCCGGAGCUGACGGAGGAGGCGGCCAAGUAUAGGGGGUUUGUGUAUAAGGAGUAUCAAGCGAUGAGGAUGAGGAACAAGACUCAUCCGCCUGCGAGGCCGGAAGAUGCCGUCACCAUUUCUCACUAUGCCAUUUCUGAUUGAAACUGAGCGACUGAGCUAAUAAUUCUCUGUUGUUGCUUCUCUGUUCAUUCUAUUGUAUGUAUUGUAUUUUUAACCUAUACUUAUUAAUUUGUGUCUUAAAUCAAAAUUAAAAUAAUAAAAUAUGAUAAAAUUGUGAUA